UUUCUCUCUCUCUCUCUAAGCUCCUCUGCGUCAUCUUCUUCCCCGAUUCACGCGCCCACCAUCCCCAUCCAUUUCCUCCACCAACUUUCUUCAUCUUCUUCACCACCUGGUCAGCUCGUUUUCUCCACAUUGCUCUCUCUCUCUCUCUCUCUCUCUCUGUGGACCAAGAGGCCUUCUUCAAUGGGUAGCUGUUUCAGCAAGAAGGGAUCUUCGUCGGUCGCCUCCGGCGGCUCUUCGGCCGCCAAGCCGCCUCCCGAUUCGAACCCACCUUGCAAAAUCGAUGCCGCGAAGGCGGACCGCGAGCCCGACGGCAGGGCGUCGCCGGCGUGGAGCCACCGGCAGCAGAAGGAAGCCGGACAGGAGGGCUUCGUGAAAAAGGAGGUCUUCAUCAUCAAGCACCGGAAGAGCCACGACAGACGCGCCUCGCCUGAAGAGAAGCCGGCUCCCGACGGGGCGGCUCCGGUUGUGGAUGCCGGGAAAUCCGGUGAGGAUGCGGGUGAGGCGGCCGUCGGUCCUCUGGCCGCUUCGGGUAAUGGCGGCGAGAGCUUGCCCGUGAAUGGGGCGAGCGUUGUUGGCGUGACUGCGGGCGUGAGGACGUCGAACUGCACCAAGGAAGAGGUCGAUGCCAUUCUCAUCCAGUGCGGCCGGCUCAGCCGGAGCUCCUCGGGGAGGACCGGGGCUGCCUCCGGCGGCAGGGUCUAUUCGGGAUCCAAGAGGAGCUACGAUUUCGAUAACCAAAACGAUGAUGGUCCGGUCGCUCGGGCUGCCGAUGCUGCGGGAAGCGAGCAACCCGAGAUGAAUGAGGAUGAACUGGUGGAGAAACGGCAGCACCGGCAGCGCCACCGCCAAUCGACGCCUUCCCGUUCCCACAGCCAGGGGAGUGGGGCGAGGAGGAGGACCCCGAGCAGGGAAAGAGACCAGCGAUCCUCAAGCAGAGAAAGGAGGGUGAGCCGCUCGCCGGCUAGACGUUCCGAUAAUGCCUCUCUCUCGAAUUCGAACGCGAGCUCCGCUGCCGGGGGCUCCGGCAACAACAAUCGGCCCGGGAAGAUGGUGUCGGUCCCCGCUUCUUUGGUGGACAAGAGCAACGGCGGUGGCGAUCCACCGGAAUCUCAAGCCACCGUCAAGAGGAUAUCUGUGAAGAGGAAUGCAGGGGAACCGCACGCGGCGUCGAGAGGCGCCGCAUCGCCUCGUUCCCAGUCGCCUGCUAGGCAAAUGUCCGGUGGUGUCGGGAGGCAGCAGAACGGUGAGAACCAGCAGCCUUCCCUGAGUCGCAACUCGUCCAGGAAGGCGGAACAUUCUCCCUACAGGAGAAACCCGCUCGGCGAGAUCGAUACCAAUGCCCGUCAACAGCAACCUCAGCCGCCAUCCAACAAGAGCGCGCAUAAAGCCACGGAAGACGGCACGGUAAAGGAAGGCGAGGCUCGAAUGGCGAAACAGACCGUGGAUGGUAACAAUGGCCGAUUCACGCACGGGACAUGCGACAAGACCGGGGGUAAAGUGACAGAGGACAACAAGGCUCGAGGUUGCGAUUCUGCAGAAAAGGAGCAACAAGCUGUCAUGGAAGUGCUGAAGAGGCAAGCAACCAUGUCCGGGUUCGAAACUCAGAAACCACAGGCAUUGGCGCGAAGCCGGUCCUCGAGGCUGUCGGAGCUCGAGCUGAAUCCUCAGAUCGUGGCCGAACCCACGUCCUAUACGACCUUGCUGCUCGAAGACAUCCAGAAUUUCCACCAAAAGCAGAACGCUACCACCCCUACUGUCCCGGCUUGCGUGACGAAGGCCUGCUCGAUCUAUGAAGCAGUCGCCGACCUCAACUCCAAUAAGAGCUCCAAUGUAGCCAGCGCCUUGUCCGAAUUAAGAAAAGCUGCGUCGAAUCAGUGUAGCCACAACGGCUACAGUUCCUCCUACUCAGGUAACGAUCUCGUUAGGAAAUCAGAGGGCAGGGACCCGUUUGUGGAAUCGGAGCUGGUAGUCGACGAUGAUCUAAUGGAGCCGACCAUUCACAAGUACGUGACGAUGAAGAGGGGUGGCAUGCUGAAAGGGGAUGAUAAGGAGGAGAUAGAAUCCUCAGGGAGCAACAGCUUCGCCGGUUCCGGAACGCAGCAAUGGGGGGGAGUGUCGUCUUCCUGGGAGCCCGGUUCGGCCGAUUCAUCCGAUUGCUGGACUUCCAAUUCCAAAGCUGCUACGGAUGACUUCAGUCCGUUGGCCUUCCAGAGGAUGGUUGUAUCCGAAUCGGGUCGCCAAGUGAGCGAGUCUAGAAGGGACUUGAACGUUAAGAGGCGGGACUUCGGCGUUCGACAAAAUGGGAUCGGGAGAAGCAGGACAUAGUUCCUAGUCUUAUGGCAGUUUAUCUGUGACUCCGUGUUGGUCAAGCCUCAACAAGAUGCGAAACGUAUUAGUUUCUAUUUCGAGGGUUUGGCCUACAUUUCUCGGCAGUUGCGACUCGCAACAUUCCAGUCUUUCAUUAGGAAACAUUGCAGCUUUUUUGCACUACAGAUUGUGCAUAAGUUACUCAUUUAUGUGAUCUCUUUCAAGAGAAUUUGCCAUGUUGUUGAUUUUUCUUAUCAGUUACUGUGGAUUGUGCAUAAGUUACUCAUUUAUGUGCUUUCUUCCAAGAGAA